AUGAAUGCGCAGACGCCGCACUUCUCCCAGGCUCGUGCUCACACAAUGUCCUCGCAAGUCGCCCAACCUCAAUUCCAGCGACCACCGCCGCCGCCAACACGCCAGGUGCCAAACGGCUACCCAUCGGCGCCACCAGCGCCACCAAACGGCUAUGCCCCGGGACCUCCUAACGGCUACUACCAAGCAUACAAUCCCAGCACAGUGACGAUGUCUUCGCAGCAACCUCCGCGACCGUACCCGCCACGCGCCUACCCUCGCCCACAACGCAUGGAUGCCAGGCCAGUUCCGGCGCCUCAAUACCCGGACUCCAGGGACAUGCAUCGGCCGAUGCCUCCUCCAGCUUUGAACUCCGAUGCCGCAAGGUCGAGAUCGAUGGCUAAAUUGGGAGGCCCGGCUCCAUCUUACCCGGCUCCACCCAGCAACUUCAACCACACCUCUGCUAUUGCCUCACGCCGAGAACCGUAUCAGGCGGGGCAACCGAUAACUCAGUUGGGGCGCUUGGUUCCGGAGAAGCAUCACAACGAGCGUGCCAUGUCCAUGACCACGUAUGCGUCGGAUCGAGAGCAUGCUCACAUGCUGAACAGCGGACGGUCCGUUCCGCCCAGGCGGCCACCAUCUGGCCACGAGCAACCGGGAAUGGGUAGGUUUGAUGCGGAUCUCCCGCCAAUUCCCGAUCCUUAUGCCAAGUCGCGCCCGCCGAGCGAUGCGUCGAUCAAGUCUCGGACAAUGUCCAUGGCAUCAACUGCUGUACCCGAUCGCACAAUGAGUGUCCAGAGCCAGGCCACACAGAAAUCCAAUGGGCAGGACAAAUUCGUGUCUAAUGGCUCGCAAAGCAGAAAAGUUCCCGUGGUCUAUCCCGCCCUACUUUCUCGUGUGGCCGAUAUUUUCCGCGAAAAAAUCACUCUUAUCGAGCGCCAAAAGAACGGAUUGUCCUAUCAAAACGCUUUUUCUGGAUCCGAUGCAGUUGAUCUGAUUGGUACCAUCAUCAGGACGAAUGAUCGAAACCUUGCCCUGCUGCUGGGCCGUGCGCUGGAUGCCCAGAAGUUCUUUCACGAUGUCACCUAUGACCAUCGUCUUCGAGACGCUCCCGGCGAGGUUUAUCAAUUCAAAGAAACGAUGGGUGAGGAGACCCCUGGCUCGGAGGUCAACGGCGUAUUCACCCUCAUGACUGAAUGCUACUCUCCAACCUGCAAUCGGGAUAGCCUCUGUUAUUCCAUUGCCUGUCCGCGACGGCUGGAGCAGCAGGCACGCUUGAAUCUGAAACCUCAGCCGAUACUGAGAUCUACUGGCUCCAAGGGUAGCUUGCAUAUUGAUGACGAUGACGACAAUGACAACCAAAAGCUGUGGAUUAACUCGGUGCCCAAGGAAGUCUCGGAUGCGGUGGAGGACCAUGAGAAGAAACGCCAGGAGAUCAUCUUCGAGAUCAUGUACACGGAACGCGACUUCGUCAAGGAUUUGGAAUAUCUGCGGGACUUCUGGAUGCGGCCCCUGCGCAGUGGGAGCGCCACGGUCAAUUCCCCCAUCCCGGAACAUCGACGCGAAAAGUUUAUUCGCACUGUGUUUGGGAACUGCUUGGAAGUGUUGAAGGUUAACAGCGGUCUCUGUGAGGCAUUGAACGCGCGGCAAAAGGAAAGCCAUGUCGUCAAGACCGUUGGUGAUAUCUUCCUCCAACAUGUGCCCCGCUUCGAUCCGUUCAUCAAGUAUGGUGCAAACCAGCUUUAUGGAAAAUACGAGUUUGAGAAGGAGAAGUCGUCCAACCCGCCCUUUGCCAAAUUCGUCGAGGACACCGAGCGCCUCAAAGAAUCUCGCAAGCUGGAAUUGAACGGUUACCUGACGAAACCGACUACUCGUCUCGCCCGAUACCCGCUUCUGCUGGAAUCAGUCUUGAAGAACACUGCGGACGACAGCCCGGACAAGGAAGACAUUCCCAAGGCCGUGAAAAUGAUCAAGAGCUUCUUAUCUCGAGUCAAUACCGAGAGUGGAAAGGCCGAAAACCACUUCAACUUGGUGCAGUUGAACGCCGCAUUGAAGUUCAACCCCGGUGAUUAUGUGGACUUGAAGCUCACGGAAGAGAACCGCCAAAUGCUCACGAAGAUGGCAUUCAAGAAGACCACUGCUGAUAGCUCGGAGGUCACGGCAUAUCUCUUCGACCACGCUGUGCUACUGGUCCGGAUCAAAGUGGUGAAUAAGCGUGAGGAGUACCGGGUAUACAAGAAGCCCAUUCCUUUGGAGCUCUUGGUGAUCGCCCAGAUGGACGAAGUCGUCCCACGACUGGGAAUUGCGAAGCGACCUUCGUCCGGUCUUCUAGCCAACAGAGCUGUUGUCAACCCCCCACCUGCCAAGGACGGGCAGCUCCCGAUCACAUUCCGACACCUCGGCAAAGGAGGCUACGAGCAGACUCUCUAUGCCACAACACCUUCUCAGCGGCGCAAGUUUAUCGAAUUGGUAGAAGAGCAACAGAGGAAGCUCUGGGAGCGAAACAGCAACUUCUAUAACAAGACCAUUCUGUCCCAGAAUUUCUUCACGGCCAUCAACCGAGUGAACUGCCUUGUACCGAUUGAUGGUGGUCGGAAGUUGGUCCACGGAACGGACAGCGGCAUCUACAUUUCAGAUCGUUGGCCAAAGGACAAGACCGCUACACCGAAAAGGGUCCUGGAAGCAAGCCAGGUCACUCAGAUUGAUAUUCUGGAGGAGUAUCAACUACUCCUGGUGUUGGCAAACAAGACCCUCUCGUCGUACCCCAUGGAGGCUCUCAACUCAACGGAGAGCCAGAACUCCGUCGCCAAACGACCCAAGAAGAUCCAGGGCCAUGCGAACUUUUUCAAGACCGGCAUCGGCUUGGGUCGUCACCUGGUGUGCUCGGUCAAGACUUCCGCCUUGUCAAGUACCAUCAAGGUUUACGAGCCUAUGGACAAUCUGGCCAAUGGCAAGAAGAAGUCGGCAGUCAGCAAGAUGUUCCAAAGUGGUCAGGACACGCUCAAGCCAUUCAAGGAGUACUAUAUCCCUGCUGAGUCCUCGUCAAUUCACUUCCUGCGCUCUACGCUCUGUGUCGGUUGCGCUCGCGGUUUCGAGGUGGUCAGUCUCGAGACAACAGAGACCCAGUCGCUCCUGGAUCAGGCCGAUACAUCACUCGACUUCGUUGCACGGAAAGAGAACGUCAAGCCGAUCCACAUCGAGCGUCUGAAUGGAGAGUUCCUUCUCAACUACAGUGACUUUUCCUUCUUCGUGAACCGCAAUGGCUGGCGGGCCCGUCCAGACUGGAAGAUCUCUUGGGAGGGUACGCCGAACGCAUUUGCGCUUUCGUACCCGUACAUCCUAGCGUUUGAGCCCAAUUUUGUUGAGAUUCGACACGUCGAAACCAGCGAACUCAUUCACAUCAUGACCGGGAAGAACAUUCGCAUGUUGCAUUCUUCCACCAGAGAGAUCAUCUACGCCUACGAAGACGAAGGCGGUGAGGACGUCGUUGCCAGCUUGGACUUCUGGAGCAAACAACCAAAUCAAAUCUAA